GAGAAAAAUAUAUAUAUACCUGACCGCCCCCCACACUGCUCCCCCUUCUCGCUUCCCGCCCGUCCCCUCUCCGCCCAGCGCAGCCCGCGGGGUCCCCUUCGGCUCUGCCCAGCCCGGGCUGGGGGCCCGGGGGCGGCGGCGGGUCCAGACCGGCUCCCGGGCCGAGCCGAGCCCAGCCAAGCCGCACUGGCUUCUUUGUCUGAGGGCGGCGGCUGCCCCGGCCCCGGCCCCCGGCCCCCUGGCUCGAGCUGUGAGAUGAAUCUCUAAUCGGUUGACGCCGGGCACCCGGGGCGAAGGCGGCUGGGGCUCCGAUGGCAGCUCUGCAGGAGGUAAGUAGGUGCACAAUUUAAAUAUAAAUGUGGUGUAGAGCUGGAGAUGCUGAUGUCAACAAACAACCUUGCUGGAGAGGAUUAUGUCAAAAAUUUGAAAGGAUGUGUAGGUGUGGGCCAGCCCCACCCCACCCUGACAAGUGACCAUGGAUCCUGGAGCCGGGCCAGACUCAUCUCUGACUGUCAAUGAGCAGGUCAUCGUGAUGUCAGGCCAUGAGACCAUCCGAGUUCUGGAGGUUGGAGUGGAUGCCCAGAUCCCUGCUGAGGAGGAGGGCAAAGCACUGGAAGGUGUGGCCGCCGAGGGCUCCCAGAGCGGAGGCCCCACCAAAGCCGGUGAAGCUGCUGGUGAAGCUGGGCCAGACAACCCAGACUCCUCCGCAGAGGCAACUGUGAAGUCACUCCCGGGGAUGCCUCCGAGCCCUGCCCCUGCCGUUGCCACCUUCAGCCAAGCCCCAUGCCAGCCUCAGGCAUCGCAGACCCUGACACCGCUGGCGGUACAAGCUGCCCCCCAGGUCUUGACUCAGGAAAACUUAGCCACAGUUCUGACAGGAGUUAUGGUUCCAGCAGGGGCAGUUACUCAACCUCUUCUUAUCCCCAUCAGUAUUGCAGGUCAAGUGGCUGGUCAGCAGGGGCUGGCCGUGUGGACAAUUCCUACAGCAACCGUGGCUGCCCUCCCAGGACUGACCGCUGCUUCUCCCACGGGGGGAAUUUUCAAGCCACCUUUAGCCGGUCUCCAAGCAGCUGCCGUGCUGAACGCCGCUCUCCCGGCACCUGUACAAGCUGCCCCACCAGCCCAGGCCUCCUCGCCCACCCGGCCCCAACCGCCAGCCCAGCCCCAGACGCUGAUCCAGACCCAGCCGCUGCUGCAGACCACACCUGCCAUUCUGCCGCAGCCCACUGCUGCCACCGCGACUGCCCCCACCCCCAAGCCAGUGGACAGCCCCCCACAGAUCACCGUUCAGCCUGCAGGCUUCGCGUUUAGCCCAGGAAUCAUCAGUGCUGCUUCCCUCGGGGGACAGACCCAGAUCCUGGGCUCCCUCACUGCAACUCCGGUCAUUGCCAACGCCGUUCCCAGCAUGCCGGGGAUCAGCAGUCAGAUCCUCACCAACGCUCAGGGACAGGUUAUUGGAACACUUCCGUGGGUAGUGAACUCGGCUAGCGUGGCGGCCCCAGCACCAGCCCAAAGCCUGCAGGUCCAGGCUGUGACCCCCCAGCUGUUGUUGAACGCCCAGGGCCAGGUGAUCGCAGCCCUGGCCAGCAGCCCCCUGCCUUCUCCCGUGGCUGUCCGGAAGCCAAGCACUCCUGAGUCCCCCGCUAAGAGUGAGGUGCAGCCCAUCCAGCCCCCGGCAGCCAUGCCCCAGCCAGCUGUGGUCAUCGCCAGCCCAGCCCCAGCGGCCAAGCCAGCUGCCUCUGCUCCUAUCCCGAUCACCUGCUCAGAGACCCCUACUGUCAGCCAGCUGGUGUCCAAGCCACAUACCCCGAGUCUGGAUGAGGACGGGAUCAACUUAGAAGAGAUCCGGGAGUUUGCCAAGAACUUUAAGAUCCGGCGGCUAUCCCUGGGCCUCACGCAGACCCAGGUGGGUCAGGCUCUGACCGCGACGGAAGGCCCAGCCUACAGCCAGUCAGCCAUCUGCCGGUUUGAGAAGCUGGACAUCACGCCCAAGAGCGCGCAGAAGCUGAAGCCAGUGCUGGAGAAGUGGCUGAAUGAAGCCGAACUCCGGAACCAGGAAGGCCAGCAGAACCUGAUGGAAUUUGUGGGAGGCGAGCCCUCCAAGAAACGCAAGCGCCGCACCUCCUUUACCCCCCAGGCCAUAGAGGCUCUUAACGCCUACUUCGAGAAGAACCCGCUGCCCACAGGCCAGGAGAUCACCGAGAUUGCUAAGGAGCUCAACUAUGACCGGGAGGUCGUGCGGGUCUGGUUCUGCAACCGGCGUCAGACGCUCAAGAACACCAGCAAGCUGAAUGUCUUUCAGAUCCCUUAGGGCUGAGCCCCCAGCCCUGUGUUCCAGCACUUUGUACCUUCCCUUGGCACCCGGCUGCAGCCACCGCCCUGCGGCAUCUGUCAUUCUGCCACACGUGGCUGUGUUUGCCCUGGGUCGUGAGACUACACUGUGCGCCUGUGUUUCAGCCCCCUCCCCCUCCCCCCAUAUCGUCCACAUCCUGGGGAGGGCAGUGGGGCCCGUCUGAGACCUCCAGGCUUGGGCAUGGUCACGCCAAGGGAGGGGAUUUGUGGUGUCACUUGAAGAAGCACUUUGCUAAUGUGGUUUUUGAAGGGUGAAUUCUGGUUGGGAACCGGAAACUCCCCUCUCUGGGGCAGGGCUGCUGCAGCCUCUGAGGGCUGCUGCAGCCUCUGAGGACGACUGGCCAUUAGCUCUUGUUUCCGACAGCAUUCUCUUUCCACUCUCCCUCCUCCUUUGCUCCUCUGGCAGGUACGGUGGCUAGUCCAGCAGAAACACAGCCUCACACCCGCCCCCCGUCCCCCACCCUCUGCCUGCAGGUACACUGUCCCCUGAAAGAACCCAACACAUACAAUUCUGAAAAGGGUGAUGCGCUGCUCAGAAGGUCAGAUGCCAUGUCUGCCUUGACCUCAAGGUCAGAAGGUUUCCACAGCCCUGGGGCCAGAACAUGUGAUCUCCUCUCCCCAUCUCUCCCUGGUUCCUUUGGGAGGGUGGAAAAUUGCCGUAAAACAGAAUCUUUUCUUUUGUAAAUCAUGUUGGAAGGAAGCAACAGUGAACUCUAGCUGUCCUGGAGUUGACCUGGGUCUAUAGCAGGUUGGGAACUUAGUAAAUAAGGCCAUCUGCCCAGAUUUUAAUCUGAUCUCUGUCCCUGGCCAUCUCCACAUCAGAAUGGUGUGGUUAAGAGAGCUUGCAGCCUGGAAAAUCCUCCGGCCCAGCUAAGCAGGCACUGGGUUGGGGGGUGGGGGGGUGGAAAUGAGGAAAGGAAUGCUGACUCUCUCUUGUCCUCACACUCACCGCCCCCCCAGUCCUGGGCCCUUCUCAGAAGCAGCAAAUUAAACAAGAAGCCAGACAGCAAGGCCCUGGGGAAAAAAAGCCAAGAUCCAGAAAGAGCUGAUGGCAGCCCUGGAAGGUCUCUUUGUGGAAAGUGACUUAACUCUAAUUUUCUUUGGAACUUGAAGUCUUGGAUACUGGAGGAGAAAUCUAACUUUGUCCAGAGUCUUAGACCACGUGUUUGUGUAAGCAGUCCCCACAGUGCGCUUCUAAGCUAAGAAUACCCCUGGAGCAGGCUGGGGUUUGCCUUCAGAGAGGGUAGCUAUGGUACAUUGGGGGUUGGCAUCUCAUCCGAGCUGUUAAGUGAGUUUCCCAGCCUCACUGUGGCUGGGCCUCCCCUGGAAUUCAGUAGGGGAUCAGGAGAGCACUGCAAGGUUUGCUGAGAUGAGCCCAGACAUGCUGUGUAGACUAGACUUAAAGGGUCACACACAAGUCACAGGGGUGAGCCACCCCCUCCUUUCACAACUCCUGUCCUUACAGAGCCAGGUCUCUAGGUCUCUACAAUAAACCCUGAAGAGGUGACUGCCAGGCGAGGGCACAUCACCACCUCUGUCAGACACUGGUGCAGAGCCUAGCCUCGCUUCCUCUGGCAUGCUGUGUUUCCUUUCCUGCCUGCAGCUGCCCCCUCCCAGGCCCUACAAAGCCAGUGUGGCCGCCCUCUUGGUAGCUCUGCCAGUGAGAAGGCAGUUGUGUGUCCAAUGGCCCGCUCCCGCCUACCCCACGCCACUGCAUCCUGACCAGCGAAACGUGCUCGAGUGUGGUGGAGGAUGAGGAAGCAGGUGGGCACCUUGUCUGCCCCAGCCUCCCGGGAGAGACUACGUCUCCAAGGGUAAGGCUCCGCACUCAAGUUCAGGGUUAUCAACCUGUCUCAAUGAGAUGACGAGCUCACUUGAGAGGGGUGUUGUAAACAAGUUUUCAGUAAGAAUAAAGUAGUGCCAGAGUUUGUAAAGGAUUCAGUCACUUAUAGUUCAAUAAAUUAGACAGAUAUGGGUUUUUACCCUCAAGCCCUUGUGUUCAGAUAUGCUUUCUUUUUUGGGAGAGACAGGUGGGUCGUGGCUGGUGCCCUGGGAGUAGCAUAUAGCCCAGGGCGUGUCUGUGGCAGUGGAUAUGCGGGAGGACACCAUCUGUCCUGUGACACGGCAGGAAAAAGCGGAUGCACUGCUGCUCUAAAUUAGGCCUGGCCAUGCUUUCUUAGCUCCUCCCGCAUCUAAAUGUGUCUUCCCAAGGCUGGGCUAGAACUAAAGCAUUUUUUCCUCUGCUGGAAUGACGAGUCGGUCUUUCAGAGGAACAAGUCCAGGGGCAGAAUGUUUGCAGGCUGAAUUCCCCAGGCAGGGGGGUACAGGAUGCCCCUGAAGUGUGCCCAAACCAGAGCUCACCGGCCUGAUCUCUGCUCUUGUUUCCCCUACCACAGGGCCCCCAGAGAGCAGCAGUGGCCCUGAGGUGGGUUUUUUGUUUUGUUUAUAUUUUUGUUUUGAGUAGCAUCAGGUUCUGAAGGGAGUUGAUAUCAAUUUUGUUUUGAAAGCACCUUUCUGGUUAUCAGCCAGAUCUCAGUGGCUCCCUUACCAUGGAAAGGCAGGAGAAAGGGCAGAAAUGGCUUAACUGUUUGCAUGUGUUUUGUUUGUUAUUGUUUCAAAGACCAAAACUUUCUAUGGCUUAAUGAAUUGGCUGGGGCCUUUGACCCUGCACUAAUCAAGGCAUUUUAUCCAGGUGGGGUCCAGGGAAAGAAUUCAGUCCAAUGGGUUAAGGAACCCAUUUGACUUUGGAAUGAGAGACCCUGACAUUUUUGUGUCCUUGGAAAUCCAAUCACCUUCCGAUGCCUAGAUUCCCUUCCUGUCUCCUAGGCCAGGCUCUGACGCUGAGGUUCUGACUGAUCCCGGACGUGGGACAAAGUCUGCUGAGAGCUGGAGUGAGGGGUCAGGAGGGGAGAAUGGGGGAGAAGCACUUGAUGUAGUUGUGUGGAAUAAACGGUAUUUUUUCUUUUGUA